CAUUCUUCGUUCCUCAAAUUCUCUGCCUGCACUUUCAUUUUGCCAUUCAUCCCUGCUUGCUCUUCCCCUCAGAUUCUUCAAGGCUCACUUACAAGGUAAUAAUUGGAAAGAAAAUGUUGAAGAUGAUGCUCGCAUGCUGCAAGGUUUAUAUAUCAGAAAGCAGAAACAGGAGUGCAUUGGAGUCAAUUGAACAAGCCGCCAAGCUUUUCCCUCGAGCUCCAAUGAUCAACAAGUUUGAAGAUGUGGCCUACAAUAGAGUUGGUUACACUCUGGUUUCUGAGUUAGCUCCCGCCCCAUCUUCUGAGCCAUGCCACUUGAAAAGUGCUGUGUCUGCCAUGGUGAAGGCUGCGUUUGACAGCAUUGACUUUGAGAUGCAUUGUGGAACACAUCCAAGACUGGGGAUUGUUGACCACAUUUGCUGUCACCCGCUGGCAGAUGCUUCCUUGGAUCAAGCAGCUGAGAGUGCUAGACUUUUGGCUGACGAUUUGGGCUCCAACUUGCAAGUUCCUGUUUUUCUAUAUGGAGCAGCACAUGAAGAGGGUAGGCCGCUUGAUUCAAUUAGAAGAGCAUUAGGAUAUUUCAAGCCGAACUCCAGUGCAAACCAGUGGGUCGGAGGGCCAAAAUCCAAUUUCUUGACACUCAAUCCAGAUAGCGGACCAUCUCAACUUUCUCCAUCAAAAGGUGUCGUGGUGAUUGGAGCAACUAAAUGGGUUGAUAAUUACAAUGUCCCUCUGUUAUCUUCUAAUAUCAAUGCCGUUCGAAGAAUUGCAAAAAGAGUUAGUGGGAGAGGUGGUGGACUUCCGACUGUACAGGCAAUGGCACUAGAACAUGGUGAGGGUGUCAUUGAGGUAGCCUGUAAUUUGUUGGAUCCAAGUGGAAUUGGGGGAGACAGAGUACAACAAGAAGUUGAGAGCCUUGCUAGGGAAGAGGGUAUUCCUGUGGGGAAAGGCUACUUUACAGACUUCUCACAGGAAGAAAUAAUUCAAAGUUACUUGAAGUUAGGUCCACUUGAUUGAGGAGGGAACGAAAAACAAAGAACCCUUGUUCCUUGUCUGCCAGAUUUGCCGAAGAUUUUUCAUGAGAUUCUGUGAAGUCUCAUUAUAAGAUGAUGUUAGUCCAAAUUCUCGCAGGUUGACCCCAUUCUGCUGAUCAUUCCAAUGAACUCGGUUUUACAGAAGUUAUUCAAGUGAUUGGCUAGUUUGCAGCAUGUAAUAUUAUCUUGAGGUGAGAUAUAAUUAUUUAGAGGAUCGUUGAGAUGCAUUAUUUGCCUCGUUGUCUAUCUGAAUAACAGAAAAUGUGGCUAUGAUUCAAUCUGUUCUUUCAUUUCUUGAUAUUUGAGAUAAGAUAUAUGAUAUAUAAGGGAUAUUUCGAAUUCAGAUACGU